AUGAGACUGUCUUUGCGCUUGGAUGAGCUACAAGAAGAAGAUAUUGAAGAGCCCUUGUCGCAUGAGGCGAAGAAGUCACCUGCAUAUCCUUGUGGCCCCGUGUGCGUUUACGACCCUCAUGUAUAUCUUUACUUGGAGCCCAAUGAAGUGGAGGCCUCUCAGUUUGAUGUGGUCCUGAAUGUGGCCCGAGAAGUGAAUAAUCCGUUUCUCCUCAGGAAAGAAAGGAGGGCAUCUGAAGGCACUUUGGAUUAUAUACAUGUGCCCUGGGACCAUAACACCAAUAUUGUCGACGACAUGCUCAGUCUGGUCAAAGUCAUUGACGAUCGUGUUGCCCAGGGAAAGCGCGUCUUAGUUCAUUGCCAGUGCGGUGUUAGCCGUUCCGCCAGCUUGAUCGUGGCUUACGGCCUUUACAAAAACCCAGAUUUGACGGUUCAGCAAGCGUAUGAUGCUGUCAAACAACGAAGUCGGUGGAUCGGGCCCAAUAUGAACCUCAUCUAUCAACUUUCCGAAUUU